AUGUCUACCCGGCGCGUCCUCGCCGAGUCCUCGGGCUCGUCGCUGCUCAUCAUCUGCCUCGCGCUCCUCGGCGCCAUCUUGCUGGGGCUCCUCGGCUUCAUGGCGCUGCACCGGUAUCGGCUCGAGCAGAAGCGCCACGCGAUGCAGAACCUCAUGGACGAAGCCGUGCUGCAGGCCAGCCAGCAGAACGGGUCGGGCCUCCACGAAGCGCUCGUCGCCCAUCUGCACGCGAACAACGCCAACCUCAACCUCACGACCAUGAGCACCAACACCAACAACCCGACGACGAUCGAGCACGUUGUUGUCGGCAGCUCCGAGUCGGACGACUUUGUCAUCAUGGGCGCUGGCAAGCCGCCACGACCGAUCGCGUCCAUCGCCAGUCGCAAGCCACCGCCGGGUACGAGUAGCCACGUGUUGCUCAAGACGUCGUCGACAGCGAGUUCGAUGGCGUCGCAGCACCACUACACCAACAGCAGCAUUCUCGAAGAGCCCAGCCUCGGGAUGGCGUCGUCUAUCGCCAGCGACGACACGAUCAUCAUCAUGCAGUCGACGCGCGGCGGCAGCAGCGACAGCUUUGACUAUGCACUCAAGACCAAAACCGGCCCGCGACACGUCUAG